AUGGACAAGUCUCUGAAGGGUGCCCUGCAAUUGUAUAUUUUUAUGUUUGUGGCAUUCUCUCAUGUGUUUUCAUGGACAACGAUGUACUUCUUGUUGACAAUUUGGAUGUGAGUCUUGUACCUCAUCCUACCUCAGUACUUGCAUAAUGACAAGGACUCUGAGAGUCCAAAUCCUCUGAGUAUGAAGAGAUUAUUCCAGAGAAUUAAGCUUGAGCCAAGACUGGACUUGAUUCCUUUAGCCUUGGUCGACAGUUUCAGAGGUCUCUUGUUGUGUAUCUCUCCGAUCAUACUUGAGAACACAACUGCAUGGUUCUUGCUGGUAAAUUUAGAGCUAGCUUUCGGUUACUCUAUUGUCAAGAAAUUCAAAAUAUUUAAUUUUAACUCACUCAGAUCCUCAGGGAUCUUAAUCAUCUUUGGGACAGCUAUUCUUUUGUGCAUAUUUACUAAGCUGAAGGGAGUUUUGGCAAUUUUGAUUGCCUUCUUGUCAAUUUUAUCCCAGAUGAUGCAUUCAAAGGCAUUUGAUAUGACGAAAAAGCAAUCAAACAGCUAUGCCCUCAAAACCGAAGUGAGAGACUCCAAGACAAUUCUGGUGUUCUACAGAUGAAUUUUAAGUUUCUCCCUAUGUCUUUUUGGAUUUGUGAUCAAGCAAAUCCUUGAAAUUGAGCACAUUGCUAGCAAAGAAGUUGUGGACCCAUCCUUGACCAAGAAGAUAUUCUGUAUCAUCCUUAUCGGGGUCAGUGCCUCAACUGUCAACGUCACAAUAGCAAAGAGUUUAGAUCAGUUGUUCAAGCACUUUUUCUAUAAGAUAAUAUUUGCAAUUGUAGAUUAUUUUGUGAAGAUAGCUAUCUUUUCAGCUGCGAUAUCUUUGCCGAUUCUGGCAUGAAAUACCUUCCUAAUUCUGGGAUAUUGAGUUAUAUAUCUUGAGGAAAUCACAGGUGAGAAGGACAGACAACGGCAGUAUAUGAGCGGCAGUGGGAUCGACGAUGAUGAAGAUAAUAGCAGCUUGGAAGAUAAUACCCUCAUUGAUUUCAUCAAGGUUAUAUGGAGCAAGAAGUAUACCAGAAGAAUAGCUCUCUUCUUCCUGGCAAAUCUGGGAUUCAUGUUUGUAGAGGUGCUUUAUGGGUAUUUGACUAAUUCUUUAGGGCUGAUUUCUGAUGCGCUUCAUAUGGCCUUUGAUUGACUAGCUCUGCUGGUAGGGCUCAUAGCUGCUUAUUUAGCACAAGGAGAAGAGAAGGAGGGGUAUAGCUAUGGAAUGUCAAGGGUUGAGGUUCUUAGUGGAUUUUUCAAUGGAGUUUUCUUAAUUUUUAUCGCAUUCAAAGUUUUAUGAGAAUCAGUCGACAGAAUCUAUGAGCCUCAACUUAUCAAUGAAGAUGGACUUCUUACUGUGUCUGUACUUGGACUUCUGGUAAAUAUCGUAGGACUUGCUUGUUUCCAUGAUCUACAUCAUCAUGAUCAUGGUGAUUGCUCACAUGGACAUGGGAAUGAGCAUAGCCACUCAAGUCAUGACCAUUCCCAUCACGAUCACUCCCAUCACGAUAAUUCCCAUCAUGAUCACUCUCACCAUGAUCAUUCUCUCCAUGACCACUCUCACCACGAUCACUCCCACCAUGACCACUCCCACCAUGACCACUCCCAUCACGACCACUCUCAUUCAACAUGCUCUUCUCAUAACGGUCACUCCCACAGCCACGACCAUGACCACGAACAUAACGUCCAGCCCCAAGAAACAGCUGGACAGGGGCACAACGAGAACAUCUACGGUUUCUUCCUUCACAUCUUGGCUGACGCCCUCGGGAGUGUAGGCGUGAUCAUCUCUUCGCUGUUGAUCCACUACAAAGGUCUGUACGUAGCUGAUCCGAUCUGCAGUGUGAUUAUUUCAGUGCUAAUCUUCGUCUCUGUAAUUCCGCUGAUAAUGUCUUCUGGUAAUACCCUGUUAUUGAAGAACCCCAGCCAGGAAAGAACGGAUAGUAUUGUGAAGAAGAUUGAAGCUUUUUAUAAGGUCAGAAGGAUCGCCCUUUGGGAGGUAGAGAAGGGAAAAGAGGUCUGAUCGGUCCAUGUUGUGGUCAGGAGUGGAGUAAAGAGUAACGAAGUUAAUGAGAAGGUCACCAGUGUGGUAGGAGUGAAGGAUUGUACGGUUCAGAUCACAUAUUUUGAGUAA